CAAGAUUCCGCUGGGCUAGAGGGUGGAGGCAGCCAUAUUGAGAACUUCCGGAAUCGCCAGGUCCCACUGUAAACGCCGUAACUCAAGUGCAAGCAAGCCAAAGCUCUACCACAGACUCGCCUCCCCAACAGCCACAGAAUGACUACCAUGAAUCCAGAGUAUGACUAUUUAUUUAAGCUUCUUCUCAUCGGCGAUUCGGGAGUGGGCAAGUCCUGCCUGCUGCUCAGGUUUGCGGAUGACACCUACACGGAAAGUUACAUCAGCACAAUUGGUGUGGACUUUAAAAUAAGGACGAUAGAACUCGAAGGAAAGACCAUUAAGUUGCAGAUCUGGGACACGGCGGGGCAGGAGCGGUUCCGUACCAUCACGUCCAGCUACUACCGGGGGGCACAUGGCAUCAUUGUUGCCUACGACGUCACAGAUCAGGAGUCAUUCAACAAUGUCAAGCAGUGGCUUCAAGAAAUUGACCGUUAUGCCUGCGAGAAUGUCAACAAGCUCCUGGUUGGUAACAAGUGCGACCUCACGACAAAGAAGGUGGUUGACUACACGACAGCGAAGGAGUUCGCGGACCAGCUGGGCAUUCCCUUCUUAGAGACGAGUGCCAAGAAUGCCACAAACGUGGAACAGGCAUUCAUGACAAUGGCGGCCGAGAUCAAGAACCGCAUGGGCCCCCCAACAACAGAGGCAAACCUGCGAUCUGGUGACGGCAAGAUCAACCCGGGAACGCCCGUCCAGCCUCGCAGCUCCGGAUGCUGCUAAUUCGAAAGACUAGCCCCCCUUCCCCCUUCCCCCUUUCCUCCUACAUCUAAUACCCACAGUUCCAGAGGGAGACCUCCCAGCCUCCUCCUCCUUGCCUCUUGCUCCCCCUCCCUCCAUCUCGUCCUCCAGCGAGGGAGACAACAAGGAUGUACACACAAUGCAGACAUGACACAUAAGUGGGCACACACCGAGAAGGCUUGCAGCUGCCACUGGGAUGUGCGAAGAUGAGAGCAGGAGCUACAACUGGUCCACGUGUUUCCUGGUCCUGCCUACUUUCCUUCCUCUGCUGCUUUCUGUGUAGCGCCUCCUCUCCCAUUCCUUUUUCUUGUUGGAUAAUGUUGGCACAUGAGUGACCCGUGUUCCUCCUGUCUCGUCCCCUUGCGUUUUUGGGCUGCUCUACAAAGAACCUCUUGCACUCGAUGCACCUACAUGUAGAGCUGUUGCUACUGCUGCCUACGCACAGCUUUACCGUGCAGUCCUCACCGUAUUUAGGUUUGACACCGCGAUCAGUCUCCUGCCCCUCUUCAUAUUGGCUACCUUUUUUUUUUUUUUUCAAAAUAUAAAGUUAACUAUUCUUGUGUAUGUAUGUUAAUAUGUUGCUUUGUCAUUUGCCAUAUGCCUGUGACCUCGCUCUGACACAUUGCCCACACUUUCCUGAACUCUUGUGGGCUUGAAGUUCAAGCCAAGGUUGUUUUUACAUUCUGUUCAGAGUCUAAAGUCAUGAACUUGGCUGAUGACCGGCUUGAUGUUUGGAUUAUUCCUUGUGUUUUGUUGGUCCUGUCCGCGCCAUGCAAUUCGAGUUGCUGCUCAAAGUAUGGCAGAAGGCUCAUUGUGAAUGUAUGCCUUAAACUGUUUGUUGUUCGAGCCAUUAAAGUGUUUCACAUGCAUGGUCCACCUAGAACUUGUGCAUUGUGGGAGUGCUCCAGCUAACAUGUUGUGUCUUGCAUAAGUAAUAUCACCAUCUCUUCCUUGGAAAGCAGUAGAGGGGAGGGACUCGGGGUACAGUUAACAUUCUGUAGCCACGUAAAUUGCAUUCUGACAUUUUGAAGAGUGCAGGGGAACUUGGUGCAGAAGUGCAGCAGUGGUUAGCGUGCUAGAUCAAAUGUUUUGUACCGAGUCGCGAGACCUUGGGAAUGCUAGUGUACACAUUUUUUCUAUGGGACGAAGUUGAGGAGUUCACCUUGGUUGGAGGGGGGCUACAAGGGGGAAUAAGUGCACGCAUUGGGGAACAGUGUUGGGGAACUGGGCCUGGGUUUUCAAACCUUGGGUUAGUCAAAUUGCAGGCUACGAAUGGACUGGCGUCAACCCAAAGCCACUCGAAUGGACGAUAAUUCUUUGGACGUGCCACGUCCAGAGUCUUGCUCUUUUAAUCUGCCGUAGCAUUCCACGUGUACACAAACAUGACGAGCAGGGACUUCGUCAACGUGCAGGGUCGGAGGCUGGGAACUUUGCUGCGACCGUGUUGAACCUUGCGAGAACGUGGGACGACGUUGCCGCGGGUACACGGUGCGCGUGCUAUUUCACCCCGCAGCAGAAGCAGCGAAAUCGGGACUAACGGCAGGCGACAAUAACAAAGUGCACUGUUUACUUUGGCUUGCGCCACUGCCUGGUUUGACCGAGGCUGGGGCUUUUUUCUGCCGGCAUGCGCUGGUCACGCUGGUUCGAGUCGUGAAGGGCUGUCUUCUAUUAGCAAUUCUUUUUUUUUUUUCUGUUGGAAUGCCUGUAUUACUGCUUUACAUUUAUAUAUAUAUAUAAUUAUAUGCUGUAUAUGGCAAUGACCACCUCCACAUGUACAUAAGAAAGGCGUAGGCUGUCUGUUGUGAGCUCUGUUCCUUCUCCCAGAGCUUGUGCUGGUUUUUAAUGCAGUUUGUUUUACUUCUUGAUUUGUUUUGUCUUCUUCGAUUGCAAAGUUCUUCAGUGACCAGUCCAGGACUGGAGCCCUGCUGCAACCUUCGUUCUCAAAAGGGAUUUGACCGUCCUGCCAAAUUCAGAAGCGGCAAGGAAGUUAGCGAGGUGCCGAGUGUAUGUUGCUAGGAGUGGCACGGUUUUUUUUUCUUUGUAUGCAUGCGUUGCAUGGUGUUACCACAUUAGCCGAAGGAAGAAAAGGGUUUUUGUUUCUACAGUUGUGGCACUUUGCCACUAGCAUUAUUUUUAUUCUUUCAAAAUUUUUUUUGUCAUUGCAACUGUGGGUUUGAUGGGGCUGCAAGACUUGCCUGUGAGCUUCCCUCGCUGUCACUGUGUGAGCGAGGGUCUUUUUUUUUUUUUUUUUUUUCCUGUUCCUCCGGACGCUUUUGUGCUCGGCCAGUCGAACGUGAGAGGUGUAUGAUUUAGUGUAUAUUUGAAGCGUAUUAAAAGAAAUCUCUUUGUUGGGC